AUGGCAAGCUUUCAGGCGAACAACAAAAAGAGGUGCCCUGCCAAGACGUGCAAGAAUGAGGACACCCGCUGGAAGUUGUUUGCUGAGUACGUGGAACCCGGCAGGAGCUUCAACGCUGUCAAGGCCAAGUUUGAACAAAUCUUGGGAGAGACACAAAGGACCCAAGUGAAGUAUGGCUUUCGCAAUGACCAGACUGUGCCAGACCCCGGGUUUCCGCUGGUGGAAUUCAACAUUGAGGACAUCAAGGAGUUGAGGCGGAUCACCAAGAUUGAGAUGGAGGGAUCCCUGGACCAGGAUGGGCUCAAAGCAUUCGUCGAUCCUAGCUGCUUGGAUGGGAAGCAGCAUCUUGCGUUGGGAGACAUGAUGGGUGCUGGUGGCGUGAACAAGCUUACCGUGGUGCCAGAGAAGCCUGUGGACAAGGCGAAAGCAUUGGUGGAUAAGAUUUUGAAGGAUGCUAAUGACUGCAGGGACUAUGCGUUCAAGCUCCGGCCACAUGCGAUGAGCGCUGGGCUGAUCGAUCAGUUGACGGCGUGUGCAGUUUCUUUGUCUGAGCAAGCAACCAAGCUCCAGACAUUGAUCGAAAACAAUGCCAACAAGAACAAACACUAUGCAGCCAUCAUCCAGGAGGCCACGGUGGUCCGCAAGUUCGCUUCUGAGCGAGUCUCACUUGCCAAGGCUUUGAUCCGUGCUGUUCAGCCUAAGGCUAAGAAGAACAACAAAGAGAAACCCGCUGAGGGUACAGAUGGUGAUCCCAAAGCGCCUGCCCCGUAG